AUCUUCUAACAAAUAAUAAGAAGAAGAAAAGUCAUUUUCUUUUUUAAUCUUGUCCUCUUUAAGCUCGUUUCUCGAGAAACCUCCAAAAAUCCCUCAAAACAAACAACAACCCCAGGAAAAGAAAAGAAAAGAAAAGAAACGAAAACAAAAGAAAAUCCGAGCUCUCAAAGUGCCCUCAAGCUCACAUCGGAUCCUCCGAGAGAGAGAGAGAGAGAGAGAGGGAGGGAGAGAGAGAGAGGUAGUGUGGGUGGAGUUCAUUUCGGGGAGCGCAUGAAACCCUAGAUUCUCGAUUGAAUGCUGCUCGAGCUUCGAUCUCUGUAGUGGUAGUCGAGAUCAAGGAUUUGGUAUUUCGAUUUGAUUGGUUUGCUUCCAGGGGUUGCUCCGCUGCGAUGGCGGAAACAAUGCUGGUGGACGGGGAGGUCUCGCGAGAGCCGAAAAUGAAUGAUCCGAAUCAGGCGAAGAACACUCUGAAGCGCAAGAGGGCGUCGUCUUUGGCGGCGGAAUGGCUGAGUUCGGAGGAGAGGGAGGCGAGGGUCGAUGGAUUGCGAGCGGAACUUGAAGGGCUGUUUCGGUACUUCAAGGAGGUGGCGGAUCAGUCGGUGGUGGCGUACGAUUUGUUGAAAUGCGGGAGCGGGUCGAACUUGAACUCGGCUAUCGCGUGUUUGAUCGAGGAGAGCAGUAAGCCACUUUCGAAGCUCGUGGAAGAAGUAUAUGAGAAGGUGAAGAACAAAGAGGGAAUGAAUGCUGGUAUCACUGUUGCGUCGGUGAAGAGUUCCGUGCUUAUUAUUGGACAAAGAUCGUACUACGGAGUGCCUAAUGUGGAUGCCGAUUUGCUGGAGGACGAGACUGAGUCGAGCCUCUGGUGCUGGGAGACAAGAGAUUUAAAGUUGAUGCCAAAAUCCGCUCGUGGGAUUCUUAAAAUUCGGCGGACUGGUCGGAAGAAGAUCCAUGAAAGGAUUACUGCUGUCUCUUCAAUGAUGACAGCAUUGCAAAAGCUGGAUAGCCGUCAGAACUCUAAGCAUGAUAUACUGAAAGCAUCGGAAAAGCUUUGUAAAGUGUUAAGUGAGGCAGAUAUCCGUUUGUUGGUGGAGAGUAUGAUACAAAAAAAUGGUGCUGACAUCGCUGAGAAGGAAGUGAAACGGGAAGAGAAAGUACUAAUCAAGCAAUUGGAGAAAAACAAGCGAGAAGCUGAAAAGGAGAAGAAAAGAGUGGAUCGUGAACUUCAAAAGGAGAAAUUGCAGAGUGAAAAGGAGCUAAAGCGAUUGAAAGAUGAGGCAGAGAAAGGCGAAAAGCGUCGAGGGAAAGAAGAAUCUGAAAUGAGAAAACAUCUAAGAAGGCAGCAAGAGGAAGCUGGGAAAGAUCAAAGACGUCGGGAGAAGGAAGAGGCAGAGUUGAAAAAGCAACUUGCUAUACAAAAGCAAGCUUCAAUUAUGGAGCGCUUUUUAAGAAGAAACAAGACUAAUGUAACUUCCCAGAAUGAGCAGUCUGCAACAAAAGCAAUGACUCUUGAUUCUCUCACAAACAGGAGGGGAGAUAUAUCUGAAUCAGUUGUUCAAUCAAUGGAUUGUGCUCUUGCAGUAAAAGAUGAGAUUAGUAUUGAGGGCAUUCGCAAGUCAUUCAUAGAAUCUUGGCAUUGCAUUGGUCAUUCUACUCGUUCAAAUGGAAAACAACACUGGGGCAUACGUCAGAAGCCUAAGACUAAAUUAAUUAAGGAACUUAAACUAACUACUGGUAGAGAACAAGCCCAUGAUGAUGAAAUGAACAUUGAGAAGCUUGUAGAUGGAUGGGAAGCAACUGUUACUGAUGAAAAGUUGGAUAAUUCUCUUCCUCAUUUGCGGAAGUGCAACCGAAGUAAGCAGUUAUUGCAGUUUGAUAAGAGCAACAGGCCUGCAUUUUAUGGAAUUUGGCCCAGGCAAAGUCAAAUUGUUGGGCCUCGUCACCCCUUUAAGAAAGAUCCCGAGUUGGAUUACGAUGUUGACAGCGAUGAAGAGUGGGAGGAGGAGGAUCCUGGUGAAAGCUUAUCAGAUUGUGAUAAAGAUGAGGAAGAAGAGUUGGAGGAAGGGUAUCCAAAACCUGAUGAUGAAGAUGAAAGUGAAGAUGGCUUCUUUGUACCUGAUGGAUACCUCUCAGAAAAUGAGCGAGGACAAGUUGACCAAGUGGAGUCUGAUCUAUUAAGUUCACCUAGUUGUCAGCAAGAGUUUGAAGCUGAGGAGUUCUGUGCAUUGCUUUGGCAACGAAAGUAUCUGCAAGGUUUGACCGAGCAUGCUCUUCGGAAGAACCAGCCCUUGAUUAUAUUAAAUCUACUGCAUGACAAGACCCCGUUGUUGGGGGCUGAAGAUCUCAGUGGUAGUGCUAAAGUUGAACAGAUGUGUUUGCAAGCUCUUAGCAUGUGUGCUUUUCCUGGCGGGCCACCUAUAGAGAUGCCGACAGAUAAUGACAUGAGGGAUGAGGACCAAGAGGCUUGUUUCUCAAAUGGCAAGGGCAGUGGUACACCUGUGGCAACUGUGACGGCUAUACCUGACUCAGAUUUGCCUAAAAUUGUGUCUGCAAUCCAGUCAUGCCCACAGGGUAUCAACAAGGUUGUAGAAUCUUUGCAACAAGCUUUUCCCACCAUCUCAAAGUCCCAACUGAGAAAUAAAGUGCGUGAAAUAUCUAAUUUUGUGGAUAAUUGCUGGCAGGUCAAGAAAGAUGUAUUGGACAAGCUUGGGCUAUCAAUUUCACCAGAGAAGCGUGGUGGGAGGACAAGAAGUAUUGCCACAUUUUUCUCUAAAAGGUGCCAUCCCCCUGCGGGCAAGUGCAUCAACUCCAGCGAAGGCUCUCCGGAGUCGUCCCAGAAGACAGCUCCAGUUGUCCAGCAGGCCACAGGGUUGCACAUACAACAGUCGUCUCUGGAGAACCUCACGCAUCCGUGACUCUUGGUUUCUAUUGUUUCUCCUUUUUGGUUUUUGUUCUUUAGUUUUCUGUAAUAGUUAUCUGCCCCCAUAUGUAUUUACAAGCCCCUCACGUAGACUGAACUGUAGAAGUCUCUUGAUUUUCACAUGAUGGAAUUGUCUUUUUUUUUUUUUUUGGGGUGGGUUAAACUGUUUGCGAAAGCUCUAUGAAAUGUGGUCUUAGUUGGGAACC